ACUUCACCUAACAGUUCGCUGCAGUCGUCCUGCACUCUACAAAAUGAAGUACAAAGAUUCCAGAUAUAAAUAUGAUCUGGAUACGAUGACCCCAGGGACAAUGAGAAUAAAAUUUAGCAAAGUUUUUGUCAUCUUUGUUUUCAUCUGCGGUUGCUUUGCUUCGGUUUUGCAUGGACAGGAACAUGUUGUGCCUUUCACUGCAGAACUUCCGCUGGUUUCUGUGAACAGUGUAGCGGAUAUUCAGAUGUCGUCGUGCAGCCCACUUGAGGUGAACCGUGCAAUUUCAGUGGUGAUCAGCUCUGCGGGGACAAUGAGUGACCAGGCAUUGUGUGCUCUAAGGAACGACACAAUCAUCCCCAGUGUGACGCUUCAGCAACUGCAGACGCACUUCCAACAGAUCCUCAAAUCCGCAAUGAAUCUCUCCAUUGAACUGGACCCACAGACAAAUGUAGAUGUGGCUGCUUUGUUUUGGGGGAAUCUCGAUGAAGAAACCAUCCAAAACCGACACUUCUUCCAGUUCUGGCUGUAUUUAAAGUUUCUGCCUGUUCUUCCAUACAUCCGUGAGCAGUAUCUGACACAACUGAGCAGGAGAAACUUCACAUGUGAAAACUUCCAGAUGAUAGUGAAGGUUCUUAGCAUGGAGGGAACCCUGGUUACAGACACGCAACAUCAAGCGUUCUUUACUCAUCUGAUUUACGCUUACCUGUCCAGGAGAGAUACCCCAGAUCCCGGCUGUCUAUCAAACGUCGCCAAUAACACUGAAUGGUUACUUGACAAUUUAGGAAUGUCCUCUGGAUAUGCCACCCUCAAACAGCUGCAAGCGCUCAACAGCUAUUUCGCUAGCUUUGAUUCAUUAAGUAUGCUGAGUCCAUCUCAAGCAGCUGAGCUCACUCAGGAUUCAGAGGCGCUGAACAGCGUCAAUAUGAUCAACGUGAUUUUCGAUUAUCUAGAGGAAGGCGAUGUCUUCCGGAAUGCCGAUGAAUUUUUUGCGACACUAACUCAAUCCAAGGCUUUGGAAAUCGAUCCAGUGGUGAGGGACGUCAUGAUGAAUCGGACCUUUUCCAUCAUCAGUCUUCAUUUUUCAAAUUUCUUGUACGAAGACUGGGUUUCCUGGUUUACGGUGAAACUGGUUCCUCUCCUCCCCAGCAUGACUGGAGAGAUGCUUCAAACAGCAACAUUAAGCGUUGACUGCACCGGAUACCACGUCAUUGUUGAGGGGCUGAACAGUGUCUUUGACCAGAUGACACUGCUGAAACGGAAGGAGAUCACACUUGUUCUAGUAGACUAUCUAAAACAGAGAAAUGGAUCAGGCUCAACCUGUGGGUCAGACACCAGCAGUGUCAGCACUUGGCUUGAUGUGAACUUCGGUCAAUUCUCUGUCUAUGUUGCUUAUGAAGAUCUCCGGGUGCUCAACACAGACUUCCCCAGUAUUGAGGCACUGAAGGUCCAGAGUGCUUUCCAAGUAGCUCAACUGACAGUGGAUUCUGGAGCUCUGAACAACACAGACAUGAUCAACAUAGUCUUUGACCUUCUAGGAGGCAGCUAUGCAUUAAAGAAUGUUGAUGACUUCCUGUCAGGUCUCGCUCAGACUUCCCAGGCGUUGGAAAUCGAUCCAGUGGUGAGGGACGUCAUGAUGAAUCGGACCUUUGCCAUCAUCAGUCUUCAUUUCUCAAAUUUCUUAGACGAAGACUGGGAUUCCUGGUUCACAGUGAAUCUGGUUCCUCUCCUCCCCAGCAUGACUGCAGAGAUGCUUCAAACAGCAACAUUAAGCGUUGACUGCGCCGAAUACCACAUCAUUGUUGAGGGACUGAACAGUGUCUUUGACCAGAUGACAGUGCUUAGAAAGCAGGAGAUCACACUUGUUCUAGUAAACUAUCUAAAACAGAGACUUGGAUCAGGCUCAACCUGUGGGUCAGACACCAGCAGUCUCAGCACUUGGCUUGAUGUGAAGUUUGGUCAAUUCUCUGUCUAUGUUGCUUAUGAAGAUCUUCGGGUGCUCAACACAGACUUCACAAGUAUUGAGACACUGGAUGUCCUGAAUGCUUCCCAAGUAGCUCAACUGACGGUGAAUUCUGGAGCUCUGAACAACACAGACAUGAUCCACUUGGUCUUUGACCAUUUAGGAGAUGGCGAGACAUUGCAGAAUGUUGAUGACUUCCUGUCAGGUCUCACACUGACUUUGCAAGCUUUGAAAAUCGAUCCAGUGGUGAGGGACGUCAUGAUGAAUCGGACCUUUGCCAUCAUCAGUCUUCAUUUCUCAAAUUUCUCGUACGAAGACUGGGAUUCCUGGUUUACAGUGAAACUGGUUCCUCUCCUCCCCAGCCUGACUAAAGAGAUGAUUCAAACAGCAACAUUAAGCGUUGACUGCGCCGAAUACCACGUCAUUGUUGAGGGGCUGAACAGUGCCUUUGACCAGAUGACAGUGCUGAGAAAGCAGGAGAUCACACUUGUUCUAGUAAACUAUCUAAAACAGAGACUUGGAUCAGGCUCAACAUGUGGGUCAGACAACAGCAGUCUCAGCACUUGGCUUGAUGUGAACUUUGGAAAAUUCUAUAUCUAUGUUGCUUUUGAAGAUCUCCUGAAUCUCAACACAGAAUUCUCCAGUAUUGAGGCAAUAGACCUUCUGAGUGCUUCCCAACUGGCUCAACUGACAGUGAAUCUUGGAGCUCUGGACAACACAAACAUGAUCAACAUGGUUUUUGACACUCUCGGAGAUAGCAAUGCAUUUCAAAACGUUGAUGACUUCCUUGCUGGUCUUGCCCAGACAUUCCAGGUUUUGGAAAUCAAUCCAGUGGUGAGGGACAUCAUGAUGAAUCGGACCUUUGCCAUCGUCAGUAUUCAUUUUUCAAAUUUCUUGGACGAAGACUGGGUUUCCUGGUUCACAGUGAAACUGGUUCCUCUCCUCCCCAGCAUGACUGCAGAGAUGCUUCAAACAGCAACAUUAAGCGUUAACUGCACCGGAUACCACGUCAUUGUUGAGGGGCUGAGAAGUGUCUUUGACCAGAUGACAGUGCUUAGAAAGCAGGAGAUCACACUUGUUCUAGUAGACUAUCUAAAACAGAGACGUGGAUCAGGCUCAACCUGUGGGUCAGACACCAGCAGUCUCAGCAGUUGGCUUGAUGUGAACUUUGGUCAAUUCUCUGUCUAUGUGGCCUUGGAAGAUCUUCGAGUGCUCAACACAGAAUUCUCCAAUAUUGAGAAACUGGAUUUUCUUAGUCCUUCCCAAGCAGUUCAACUGACAGUCAGUUCUGGAGCUCUGAACAGCGCAGACGUGAUGAACAUGGUCUUUGACCUUCUAGAAGAUGGCAGUGCAUUUCAGAACAUUGAUGACUUCCUGGCUGGUUUUGCUAAUACUUCCCAGGCUUCAGAAAUCAACCCAGUGGUGAGGGACGUCAUGAUGAAUCGGACUUUUUCCAUCAUCAGUCUUCAUGUUUCAAGUUUCUUGUACACAGACUGGGUUUCCUGGUUCACAGUGAAACUGGUUCCUCUCCUCCCCAGCCUGACUAAAGAGAUGCUUCAAAGAGCAACAAUAAGUGUUGACUGCACCAGAUACCACGUCAUUGUUAAGGGUCUGAGUAGUGUCUUUGACCAGAUGACACUGCAGAGAAAGCAGGAGAUCACACUUGUUCUAGUAGACUAUCUAAAACAAAACUACACAUCAGCCUCAACCUGUGGGUCAGACACCAGCAGUCUCAGCACUUGGCUUGGUGUGAACUUUGGUAAAUUCUCUGUCUAUGUGGCUUAUGAAGAUCUCCAGGAGCUCAACACAGUAUUCCCCAGCAUGGAGGCACUGGACAAUCUAAAUGCUUCCGAAAUAGCUUUACUGACAGUGAAUUCUGGAGCUCUGAACAACACAGACAUGAUGGAAAUGGUCUUUAUACGAAUAGGAAAUGGCAAUGCAUUCCAGAACACUAAUGACUUCCUGACAAGUCUUAUUCAAACUGCGCAGGCUUUGGAAAUCCAUCCAGUGGUGAGGGACGUCAUGAUGAAUCGGACCUUUUCCAUCAUCAGUCUUCAUUUUUCAAAUUUCUCGUACGAAGACUGGGUUUCCUGGUUUACAGUGAAACUGGUUCCUUUCCUCCCCAGCCUGACUAAAGAGAUGCUUGAAAGAGCAACAUUAAGCGUUAACUGCACGGGAUACCACGUCAUUGUUGACGGGCUGAACAGAGCCUUUGACCAGAUGACACUGCUGAGAAAGCAGGAGAUCACACUUGUUCUAGUAGACUAUCUAAAACAGAGACAUGGAUCAGGCUCAACCUGUGGGUCAGACACCAGCAGUCUCAGCACUUGGCUUGAUGUGAACUUUGAUCAAUUCUCUGACUAUGUGGCUUUUGAAGAUCUUCGAGUGCUCAACACAGAAUUCUCCAAUAUUGAGGCACUGGACUCUCUUAGUCCUUCCCAAGCAGCUCAACUGACAGUCAGUUCUGGAGCUCUGAACAACGCAGACGUAAUGAACAUGGUCUUUGACCUUCUAGAAGAUGGCAAUGCAUUUCAGAACAUUGAUGAUUUCCUGACUGGUCUUGCUCAUAUUUCCCAGGCUUUGGAAAUAAAUGCUAUGGUGAGGGACGUCAUGAUGAAUCGGACCUUCGCCAUCAUCAGUCUUCGUUUUUCAAAUUUCUGGAGAAAAGACUGGGUGUCCUGGUUCACGGUAAAACUGGUUCCUCUCCUCCCCAGCCUCACAGCAGAGAUGCUCCAAAAAGUCACAUUAAGCGUUGACUGCACCGGAUACCACGUCAUUGUUAAGGUUCUGAGUAGUGUCUUUGACCAGAUGACACUGCAGAGAAAACAGGAGAUCACAAUGGUUCUAGUAGACUAUCUAAAACAAAACUACACAUCAGCCUCAACCUGUGGGUCAGACACCGGCAGUCUCAGCUCUUGGCUUGCUGUGAACUUUGGUAAAUUCUCUCUCUAUGUGGCUUAUGAAGAUCUCCGGGUGCUCAACACAGACUUCUCAAGUAUUGAGGCACUGAAUAUCCAGAGUGCUUUCCAAGUAGCUCAACUGACAGUGGAUUCUGGAGCUCUGAACAACACAGACAUGAUCAACAUAGUCUUCGAUCUUCUCGGAGACAGCUAUGCAUUAAAGAAUGUUGAUGACUUCCUGUCAGGUCUCACCCAGACUUCCCAGGCUUUAGAAAUCAAUCCAGUGGUGAUGGACGUCAUGAUGAAUCGGACCUUUGCCAUCAUCAGUCUUCAUUUUUCAAAUUUCUUGGACGAAGACUGGGAUUCCUGGUUUACAGUGAAACUGGUUCCUCUCCUCCCCAGCCUGAGUGCUGAGAUGCUUCAAACAGCAACAUUAAGCGCUGACUGCGCCGAAUACCACAUCAUUGUUGAGGGGCUGAACAGUGCCUUUGACCAGAUGACACUACUGAAACGGAAGGAGAUCGCACUUGUUCUAGCAAGAUAUUUAAAACAAAGCUACAGAUCAGGCACAACCUGUGGAUCAAACACCAGCAGUGUCAGCGCUUGGCUUGAUGUGAACUUUGGUAAAUUCUCGCUCUAUGUGGCCUUUGAAGAUCUGCAGGAGAGAGAAGUCGAGGGCAAUCUUUGUCAAAAUAUGAUGUAUUGCCAAUUAUGUCAACUAUGUUCCCCCUCUUCCCUACUUAUGCCCACCCUUCCUUCUGUAUGAUUCCCUUCCCCUAUGGUGAUUUUUUUGAUACCCAGAGAGCACAGAUACGUCUUUUAAAUGUCUGCUUAAAGAUCGGGUAACAAACACAGUUUCUGCCAGUUUGAAUUAAUCUUGAGUGCUUAUACAGUAGUUUUGCAUACGUCGUAUCUAGAAUAGUAUUUCGUUUGAUCACAUUUAUAAAACAGAGUAGCAGCUGUGUGAUUAUUUCUGUAAAAACAGGAGCUGCUGAAGGCAGAACAAGAGCAUAAUAACAUCACAUCAUCGCAUUAAUCCAUUUAGUCCCUUCGUGUAUUUUACAUUAUGCACUUGCCAAUUGCCAACAAAACACAGACACAUGACUUGGUUUCACUUACCGCCUGUAGUUCAUGUUCAGCAUCUUUUAGCACUGGGACCGCCCUAUUUGUCAGUUUUUAUAAAAAACUUCCGAAACAAGUUGGAGUGAUGGGGGAGUGUGUUGAGCACAGAAAUAUCACAUAUAUAUAUAUAAUAUAAUGUCACACAUCUAACUCAAUUUUUAACAAGUUGACCAUGUUAAGCAUGAGGAGCCUGCAUGUUUCCCAGUGUAAAGAAGUCAGAAUGCAUUAAAUAGCAUGUAACCCCAUCUUUAAGAUCUGGAGAUCUGGAACACAUCUGCUGUAUAUAAAAACAUCUGAUAAUCACAUUAGGAAAUGAUUAAAACUAAAUGUGUGUGAAACAGACAAAGUAUAAACAUCUUCUAAACAUGCUCACAGUAUUACAGAUGAGUAAAUAUUAAACAAAAAAAAAAUGUGAUCCAGAUGAUAAUCCAGAAAUGGACGUCUCCCAGAAGUAUGUGUCCUAUCAGGGUAGUCAUUUAUGUGUUUAGAAGAAUAGAACUUGCACAAAACUCUGUGCGUUAAACUUUUUCUUCUUUAUUUCUCUCUUAUGUAAAUUGGUACAAAGUGUGUUUUGAAAAGUAGAUGAGUUUAUUUCUGGAACAACCCAGUGUUUAGGGUUGUUGAGUACGUCCAUUAAUAAACUGUUUUAAAUAUGAUUAGUAAAGAGUCCAUUUAAAAGUUUUUGAAAGUGUGUGUGAUGAAUGUGUAAUCUUUUUAAUGUAAUCUCCUAUAUUUCUGAGCUUUUCUGAUUAAAAGUACUUUUUAGUUUA